CGAGAGAACGACGAGGUUAGUGAGAGCUAAGCAUUGAAACAACGAACACCAUCUAAACCCAUACUCCGCUGCACCAGCCUAUUCAGGCACUGGUACAAACAUCAAGUCAGAAGAACCUUUGCAGAUAUAAAAGUGUUGUGCGAAACAAUCCAUCAAACACUACUCUGAAGAAACACCAAAGAUUACUGGCAUUAGCUAACUCUUCCACAUUGGAAUAGAAGCUCGUUUAAAACGUUUUGCUGACUCAGCAUCCCAAUUGGUCCACCUUUGGGAGUAUCUCUUUUUGGUAUCUCUUUCUGCAAAGAAGUCUGGAUUUGCAGUGUGAUCUGCUGGUCCAGGUUGUUUGGGUUGAAUUGCGACUUCAAGCUGGAUUCUUCCUCAAUAUCCAUCUCUCUUCAAAAGUCUUUUCCCACCUUUGUCCCUGUGAGAAGUCAUCAAUCUGAUUAUGAAAUUAGAACUUCAAUCAGCUGCUAAUUUCCUGAUCCACCUCAUAAGGUUGGGGAGAAGGAACAUCAACGAGGCUCAGUUGGAAAAAUUCCGCCUGGCCCUGGUUGAGGUCCUCAGGAGAAGGUAUCGUGAUCACUGGUUCCCCGAGAAGCCGUUCAAGGGAUCCGGAUACAGAUGUAUUCGCAUCAACGGCAAAAUGGACCCCGUCAUUGCCCAAGCAGGAGAGAGCUGUGGCCUUCAAGCCACAUUGGUGCUCUCGACCUUUCCCUCAGAAUUAACCAUGUGGAUAGAUCCUCUAGAGGUCAGCUAUCGCAUCGGAGAGAACGGAUCCAUCUGUGUUCUCUACGAGUUCAAAGAGGCCAACAACGAGCCGUGGAAGCCCAGUGUUCGAAUUUCCAGCAACAACCUCAACAACAAACACAACUCAAACGACAACGAAGCUGUGAACAAUGCCACCAACAACUCGUCAUCUACAAAAGUACCCACGCUCUGCGGCAAAGAGUCUCUACGCAAGAUGGACUACCUCCUCGAUCCCAGGAAAUCUGUGUCCAUCGAGCAGUUGGCCGCCUAUGUGGCCAGCUAAACAGUUGAUGUAUUGCUGAGGAGGUGACGUCUGACCAGGGUCCCCAUUACCCGUGGUCAGCCAAGGAUGAAUGUUCCAAGAGCGAAGUGACGACUUUGAUGUGGUCCCCCGUUGAUUGUUGCUGUGCUGAAGAGACUUGUGCAAUUCUGUUAUGACCUUCUGACUUCGGCUUCAAAGGGACCAGACCCUUCGAUUGUCUCUCUACGGUCUUUGUGGCCACUCAUUCCAAAAUUUUGGUUGUUGUUGUCAACCGUGUAUUUUUGCCUGUUGGCUGUGAUGACACUGUCCCCGGGGCUGAUGCAGACUUGGCCAUCUUCCUUGGCCAUUGCCACUUUCUUCCAGCCCCAUUCAAUAUCCGGUGAACCACAAUGACCAAGACAUCCUCCAGAUCCGUACACGUACACCUCCUCAAAAAUGCCUCUCCUCACACAGCCUCACCACAGUUGAGGAUUGUGCUGAUCUCAAAUCAUAUGUCUGAGCCCCUUUCACCCUGUAAUAUCUACCACUUACUGUUGGAUCCUCUCAGGUUUUGGACCACUCAACCGAAUUCUGGACUUUGACCUUUGCUUCUAACUUUGUCUGCUGUGGCUCAUCCACUACCUCGUCCGUUUGGCAUGGAGUGGGAAUUCGCCGACAAUUGAAGUUCAUCAUGAUCUUACAAGUGAGAUCACCACUGCUACCGCCCUCGCCGCCACUACCAUACCACCAUAACAAUUCCACCACUUCCACCUGCCAAUAUUGGACCUGCCUCAUAAAGUUCUCUUGUCAAUUUGGUGGAUUCCCUUGGAAUUAGAUGGAGAAAAUGUCUCUUGAAAUCCUCUAGUACAGUCCAAGCAAGCUUUUGAAUGGAAAUGAUCCAUUGCUCCCCUGAUGUGCCCUCUGCCACGCCGCCUGGAAUGUGGUCCGAGGAUAAUGGUCCACUCAUCCGGGUCAGAGUAUCCUCCAUAUGAUCUCUAUCUGUCAGAAGAGGCUCCUUCACUCUCUCCACAAGGACUCGUCAAUGGGAGAGCCUGGAGAUUCAAAGCCCCCUCACACCUCAAAGUGCUGACAAAGUUCAAAAAGGAUUUGACCUAUGAAUCAUCCAAAAAGUGCUUAUUUGUGAUAGCAAAUUUGAAAAAGCUCCCAUCAUCUCUCCUUAAAUAGAAUUGAAACUUAUCUAAUACCACACCCAAGCCUAUUAUCUUUGUGAUAUUUCGAGUCCCCCAAAAAAUCAUUUCACCCUCUCCCUCUCGUCCUGAUCCCGGAGGAGGGCCUCAUGCUACAGGUAGAUUGGAUCCCUUUAAUGCUAAGGGAAUCUCACCAAUUCACCUGUUUUGGUGUGACAGAUAAUGAAGGGCAGCUCCUUUCUCAAUUGGCACAUAGAACUUAAUAUUGGAUCCUUCGUUAAAGCGGUUCCAUAACUUCAGAGGCUAUGGACACCGACGAUUGGAUUCCUUCCUCCUCCUCCUCCUUUCCUGGCUCUAAAAUUGUCCAAUUCUUAUCCUUUGACUGCUAUAUCACGAUUGGCAUGGCCUUCAGCCUCAUCCCCAUUGACGCCGACCAUUUUUGGACCAUCUUGUUCUUAACAUGAGUGCGUGACUCCCCCUCCAAGCUCCAGUCUAGGCGAAUAAGGCUUGGAGCAUCAAAAUAGUGACGAACUUUCAUCCUGAUGUCUUGGGUGUCUGAAUGCCUUGACUGAUGUCAUUGUGCAGUUGUAUCUGGUGACUUUCGACCGGUCCACUCGUUAUCUGGACAGUCGCUCUAAUUGAUUAUGGACCUCUCAUUCCCUCUCUUGCUCUCCUGACUUGGCGACCAGACCACGAAAUGCUGGUCGCUCCCAAAAUUCAUUGUCACCGCAGCAACCUCCCGAUAGGGGUUGUCUAUGUACUCCUAAUUUGUCAAAGAAGAAUCAAAUCACCCAUUCUACUGGAGAAACGGAGAGUUGGGAAUGAAUCCGUAAUUUAGAGAGCGGCCUCCGACCCUUUGGACGCUGGAUUGGUUGAAGACACAAGCGGUGGCGAAUAAAUAUCAAGAUUACCGCUCCACCCCAUGAACUAACGGAGGAAUCGGCGAUGUCUACAUGCAGUAUAUCUUCUGUAUAAUGAUUGUUGUAAAAGUCUAUCUCUUUCACUUACUUUUCUCCUCUUCUCCUCCUUCCCCUCAGUCAGAAGCAAACAUUUAUGAAGAGCAGGGCUUCUCGUAAUAGUGGCAAGUUUUUUCUUUCUUUUGCAUUGACGGAGCGAAAAGAGAUUUUUCCUCCUCGUCCUUAUUCCUCAAUAUUUGCCACUCUACAAUUAUUAAUAUUAUCAUUAUUACCACCACGACCACCACCACCACCACCAUGAUGAGUUGAUCUGAAAAAUUUGUUUCUGUAAUUGAAUGUGGUUACCUGGCCAGACAAACAAAGUUGAUGUCGUCGCCGAUCGCUUUAUAAUUAUCCUACACGGGAUACACGCUACCCCUUAAUGGUACAAAAUUCUCUUAAAAGCCUCCUUUGUAACAAGCAUAAAUGGCAAAACUGGCUUCUGUGAUGAAAUAUUAUGAUUAUGUUGUCGGCUGCAGUAUUCCAAGUGAUUUUUGUUUUAUCAUGCCAAUUCAACCCUCCCUCACAUGAAAAAAAAGAACCAGAAACAUUGAAAAAUCCACUUUAUUAAAUUAUGAACCAUUCUGUCAUGCAUAUCCCUACAUUCAGCAAAUUACUUCAGAAACCAUUUGUACUUUUCCCGCUUUCCCUCCCCUGAUUUCAAAACUUAGUCACUUUCCCCGUUCCCUUUUUGGAGAACCUUCACAGGUUUGAUCUUGAAUGUGAGGAUCGCAGCCUCGUUUUCUCUGUUCUCUUCUUGCAAUAUGAAGAUCGCUCUUCAAAAACACAAGAGUCACAACCUUCGCCAGGAAAGAAAAAAGUAAGCAAAUAAUUUCCCCCUUCAUAUACAAAACUAUAUAUGUGUGUGUAUGUGUUUUAAAGCAGCUUGUGCAACUUACACAUCAUCAUCCGAUCUAGUCUUUUAAAACAAACCAAUUGGUAAUUUAUCCAGGAAUCUUUCCUUGGUGAGUUCAGCCCUGACAUGGAAUCGAAACUGUGACCAGAACGUGAGCGAGCAUUUUUGGCAGUGCUUCUCUUCUCAAUCACCCCAGAUGUGACACAACUCUCAACUACUUUCCUCUCGUUCCUUGAAUUAUGGAUGACCACUUUUUUGGAGAGAAAUGUCCCCGUACUUGAAUCACUUCCUUCUCAACAAGAAUAAUCGAAGCCAUUAAAACAUGAGGGAGUUAGUCACAUGAAGUUCAAAGAAGAGCAACCUCAGCUCGUUUUGCUUUCCCUUGGGCGUCCUUCGAAGUUUUGUCUCCCAGCCAAACAGUCCGAUUUCCCCAGAACCCGCAAUCUAACCUUGUGAGUGUUUGUGUUCCGAGAUAAAAGCGCUUCCUUUGUGAAUUAAAAUUGAUCCUACAUGUAGCAAUGUCAUAUGAAUUAUCGACUGAUCUUGGCUGUUGAACUUGAAAAGAAAGAAAAAAUAACACAAACAAAUCCAAAAAGUACCCCUUUUUAAGUCGAAAUUCAACUUCUCGUGCUGCUCUUUGAAUUGAUGGAUAUUUUUCUACACUCUAUUCCGAAGCUUGACAUCUCCACCCACCUCUCAAAAAUGUAUUGUGUGUUCGCCCUGGUGAUGAUAAUAUUAUUAUUCACAUUAUUACAAUUGUUGGGAGACAGGACAUGAAGCGUCCCUUUUUCCCAAUCUCUCUCGCUCCCUCGCUCAAAUACGGCCUCUGAUUUCAAUUGAACAAGAAGAUGAUGUUGAAAAGUGCAGUGAUCAGACUCAAUACGUAGUACCUUCCUGUAUAAGAUGAACCAGCUUUAGAGUGAAAUGCCGUUGUUGCUGUUGUUAAUCAUGUGAGAAACGAGAGCUCCUCGCUCCAAAUGAAUUCUCGUCCAAUCAAUGUCCAGGUAGUGCUCCCAAGUGAAACUUUUCUGGAAAAAGCCCCUCUUAUUCCAAGUAGUAGCAAUACUACCUCCCUCACCCUCCUCCUCAUCAUUAUCAUCAUACCGUGCCACUUUCUCGGUGUGAUCACUAUCACCAAACUCGCGGUGUUUGUGACUUACAUGGCCACCUCAAAAAUUGGAUCAGUAACGAAAAGUAUUUCAAUCAUCCUUGGUGAUAAAACUAUAAGAACCCCUUUUCUCGCAAGUGAUACAAGAAAAUGCCAUACAAAGACGAACAAAAAGAAACCCGGGCAGUUUCCCUAAACUUUUUUUGCUUGUUUGACAAGUCUUUCAUCUCACUUUCUCUGUCAAAGCAAUGAAGUAAUAAAAGCCCCCGCUCGAACUGCUCCUGAAAUGCAAUGAUUUUUCAGCCCAAGGAGCAGUCCCAGGGCUUUUGUGAUUGUCAGUUAACCAUUUCGUAAAGUAAGAACUGAACAGAGAGAAGCCAAGGAUGCGAUCAUGCGCAUCUUCAGGAAAUCAACCGCCCCGAAAUUUUGACCUAUCUUAUCUUUUCUUCUGCUUGAAUCCCUGCACCAGUUUCCGUACUCGUCUCAAAGCCUUCUUCUUGAGCAUUAUAAUCACAGGCCCCUGACUACCUACAGUUAAUAUUAUUAUCAUUCUUCAUCUAAUCCAUCCCAUUUCUAACAGAAGCCGCAACAACUCGAUUUGGUCAUUUCUCAACAACAACUGCAGAAAGAACGAGAAAUCGAACAUCCCACAUGUGUCUCGAACAAAGUCGAGCUGAUUUGCCUGUAGAACAAAGCAGAACUUGUAAUAAUCAUCCAUUUGCAAGCAAGCGAUCGCCCGAUGAUGUCUAAUGAUUCAGGUACAGAAGCCAAACAACAAAUUUUCCAAACAGCUCUGUUAUUAUCAAUUAAAUACUUGCUACUACUACAUACUAGAAAGACAAUAUAUUAUUGAAAGAAAUAAAUGUGAAUUCAGCAUCAAA